AUGCUCACGGACAUUGGCAGCAUUGCAAGCGGCAACGGUAACGGUAUCGGUAACGGCAACAGCGGCCACAUUGGCAGCGGUCAUGGCCUAGUGAGCGGACUCCACUCGAGCGACUCCUCCAGCGGAAUCGGCAGUGCGAGCAGUGAAAAGUUGGUCGCGCGCGGCGAUGAGGCCAGUGCCAAAAAGGGCAGCAAUGGAGAAGGGGAUGCCGACGAGGAUGACGACGAGGACGACGAGGACGAUGAUGAGGACCAAACUACGGCAGAGUCCCCUCUACUGCCCCUGAAGGACGACGAGCCAUCGCCCCCUCGAGUCCAGAGUUCCUCGCACAUAUCAGCAAACAGGUCACCCCACCAGUACGACACCUUAGCCGGCGACCUCGAGCCGAAGCACCACCAAUCUCACCCCAACCCCGCACCCGACGAGCUGACCAACGGCGGAAAGCCGGUAGGAGAGGCCAACAACAACAGCACCAGCAACAACAACAACAACAACCACGAGGGUGCGUUCUGUAAGCACCGUUCAGACAGGGACGUUGGGUACCACGAGUACCAGCUCUAUCCCAACGACACCUUCGCCCGGUUGGAGGGCAAGGCUCCGAAGCCGAAUACCAAAAUGCAAACCAAAGUGGAUGCGGUGGGACGGAUCACCGGGCCUUGGGGGAAGUGGCAGCUGCGGACGGUGCUCCUGAUCUUUCUGUGCAAGAUCCCAUCGUCCUGGUUCAUGGCCUGCAUCAUUUUCACAGCCCCAGCACCGCGACACGGCGAGUUCUUCUGCAAGCCGCCAAACACAAUUGGGGCGCAGAACCAAACGCAGUGGAUUAAGGUUUCACAUCCGCAAAAGGAGGAGAGGGACGACCAGGAGUUCAGCAUAGACUUCUGCAACGUAUAUCAGGACGCGCAGGAGCACGCCCAUCACUACUACAACUACGAGAACAGUGAGCAGGAGCCGCGGGUGUGGGAGAAGCCCAUGAACCGCAACUCCAACGUAAUCCCCUGCACGGAGUUUCAGCACGAGGCCGACUACCACUCGGUGGUCACCCAGUACGACCUCGUCUGCUCCCGGGACAUCCUCGUAUCCGUCACACAGUUCUUCCAUCUGUUCGGUGUCCUUACCGGUGGCAUUCUGGCCAACCAGCUGCUCAAAUAUUUCAGUCCCCGAAAUGUGAUGCUCUUCGGCAUGAUCACCCAGAUAUUUUGCGGUAACCUCACGGGUCACGUGGCCUCCUACGAACUGCACGUCUUCUUCCGCUGCCUCUCUGCCGUUUGCUGUGCUCAGAUGUACACCGCCGGAGGCCAGAUUAUGGCCGACAUAACGGGGGGAAAGUACCGCACCUGCGUCGCCGCGCUGUUCGAGCAAUUCUGGUCCAUUGGCGUGAUGAUGCUGCCCGGAGUGGCUAGCUUCUGGUCCAGCUGGUCUCACCUCUACAUGGCCAUCUCUUGGCCAACUGUGAUACUAAUCUAUCUGUGGCAGUGGAUUCCUGAUUCGCCGCGCUGGCUGAUCGCACGAGGGCGCACACAGGACGCCAAGAAGAUCCUCCUGGAGUGCGCCGAGGUGAACGGGACGCGCUACAGCCUGCCCCACGACAUCGAUAAGCAGCUGGAGCUGCAGGCGCAGACGGCGAUGGACGCACCUCCCCCGAGUGGGUGGUGGUCGAUAUGGAAGGGUGAGCGGGCGGUGCGACACAUGGUGUGCGUGCACCUGGCCUGGUCGCUCUACAUCGUUGUCUACUACGGCAUGCUGCUCAAUAUCCGCUCCUUCAGUCGCGACCACCUGUACAUCAACACCUUCUUCGCGGGCUUCAGCGAGAUGAUGGGCACUUUCAUCGGCCUCUUCCUGAUCCUGAAGACCACCCGCAAGUGGCUGUGGACCGGACUCUUCAAUAUAGUGGCAGGAUGCAUCGCCUACUGCGGCUGGUUGGUCCCCAAGCCCAGUGUGAUUGGGCUCGAUUCGAAUGUGGCCCUGCUGAUGUGCUCGGCCAUGGUCUCCAAGAUGGCCAUAUCCACGACGCUUAGCAUUCUAACCACGUGUACGGUGGAACUGGUUUCGGAUGACAAAAAGAAAAUCACCUCCUUUUCCACAAUUUGCUGGGCUCGUUUCUGGCUGUUGGGAGCCCCCUUCAUUGGAUCUACGGUGGUUUUUGGACAGCUCAUUCCCCAGACGGCAUUCGCCUCUCUGGCCAUUCUUGGGGGCCUGUGCACCUCCUUGAUAAGAAGUCCUAGGACUCAUCCCAUCUCGGGGCCCGCUUCAUCUUCAACGGCUGCUCAGGCGGCCCAGAACAUGGCCUCGCAGUUCACCAUCAUCGACGGAAUGGACAACAAGGGCUAUACACCCACCUCAAAGACUAUCCACUCGAACAGCACCAUUAGGAAACUGACCACGCCGCAAUCGAAUCUACCUCCUCAACUGAUGCCCGGCAUUUGGACGACCAAGAUAAACGAGGAUGGCCCACCAAUGUGAACAGUUUUUCAAAAGUGAUGUUGGGUUGAAUAUUUAGGCUUGAGAAGUAGCGAGUGGGUUAGAGCCUUUAGGAUAGUAAAUCAGCUUUUCAAGAGCAAGAUUAAAAGGAAGAAGCAGACGUUCAAAGGUAGGCUGUUGCUAAUUUCACAGCUAGGACCUUGGAUUGGUUCACUUUGGUGGUGCUGUGACUUGUAAACUAUAGUCUACAAAAUUUGAUAGAAACUAUAUACUUAUACCCCGCUUAAUAACUUUAGGGGCUUAAUUUUUUGUAAGGCACAAUAGCAAACUUUCCUAAGGUGAAAAGUCUUGAUUUUUAAGUACCAGAUCUUUUCGCACACUUAAGUAGGAGCUCAACUAUACCCUAAACACCAUUGUGGAGUGCUCAAGUGAGAAAAUGUUAGGCACUUGAAGACAAAGGUACAUUUUUAAGUAGGCAAUCUCUAAGCUUAAAGCUGUGGAUUAGGAUCCUCAACCAAAUUAUUUUAAAAGGGAAAAGACGCUCGCCAACGAAACCUAACAAUCAAGGCGACGAGAAAGAAAAAAACCCAUAUUUUUCAUUAACUUGACUUUUAAGGCAUAGUUUAUUCAACAAACCCGGAAGGCCAUAAAACCACUUGAAUCUGGGAUUAGCUUCAGCGCAGCCAUAAUUAGUAGUCUUAUAGAAUUUAAGUCAAAUGUGGAACACGCCUUGGGAAAAGCCCAGUAUUACGCAGUCACUGUUGAACCAAAACAGAACCGUACCGAUUCGAACCUCAUGUAGAACCCACUGCACAGACAAACCAACUUUAAAUGGUGAUCCUUCUAAAGGCCUGUGGUUCCACAUUUAAGUGAUUGUGUUGCAAACACCUGGAGAGAAUUACAUGAAAAGACAUAUAAGAGUAGUUUCACAAUAAUUACAUAUUAUGGAACAUUUUAAUUAAUUACCUUUAUAAUAUAACUAAUUCUUUAUAAAGAAAAAAAAUGCAAAAUACACACUAAUUACUUUAUUACCGUUAUGUAUUAUGAUUAUCAAUUACAAAGCUAGUUUAAUAUAAUUCAAUUAGUAGUUUUCAGGUCCUUCGUGCAAUAUGAAUAUAAACUAUUUUUAAAGUUGCAUCACUAGAGUACGCUUAGCAACCUGUUGAAUGUUAUCUGAUAAUGGUUACUAUAUGAAAGGAAAUGUUAUACAUGGCAAAAGAGCAAUAUUUUUCUAAUAAAUCAU